AUGUCUCCAAUCGCUUCCUUAUGGGCCACCGCCAACACGCUCUCAGCAUCACAACGUUUGCCGGAGUUCGUCUGGCUCCAAAGUGUCUAUAAAAGUCUCGGACCCCACAGUACGAGCAUUUGUGACUUCGUCGACAACGCCAUCAGGGCAGACCGAGCCUCGUCGAAUCCCAUUAGCAUCAAACUGGUACUGCCCAUCCAAAAUGGCUACAUAGCACGAUCGGACUUCAUUGAGCUCCGUAUGCACGGCUGCCCUUGCGUUGCCUUGGCGAGGGAUUUUAUUCAACCGCUCCAGUACGUCGAGCAGUUUCCCACCGUAAAAUCCAGGAGUGAGCAUUUUCAGCUCUAUAAUAUCUUGUCCGCCUGCAUUGGCGCGGUCCUCGUCGACUCGUCCGGUUUUGAAUUCGUCGAUCAUACGAUAGACGCCCUCGAGGAUCAAGUUCAAUACCGGCUCGCGCCGCAAUUCCUUGUCAAAAGUAAGAUCCUCCGAAAGAGGCUGGCGUUGGUUCAUUGCCCGCGUGAGAUCCUGACCUAUGAGGCUAUUCGAUCUCUGGGCGUGGACCUGAUAGUUCUCGACCGACCUGGGCAUUUCCUAGAGGAUCCGAAGGGCCCAUAUGCGUACCUGCGCGAGGCCUUCUACCGGCUCGAUCUCAAUGUCGACGAUAGGCUCCCACAACGCAUUGUGGACAUCGUACAGAACCUGAAUUUGGAUGGAAUCAUUACUCGAUACGACUUCUAUUCCACCCACGUCGCAGAAGCGGCUGAGAUUCUCGGACUCCCCUCUAGCCCCGCUGCAGCGUUUGCGAUUGCAACCGACAAGUACGCUACAUGGAUGCUCGAGGCCGAGCAUUCCGGAGUGAUUCGCGUCACCGACAGCGAUGAGUUGGAACGGCGCUUGCGAGAUCCUUGGAAACCUCUCGAGGUUCAGUACCCGGUUGCACGCAACGACGGCGAGCUUCUCGCUGCAGUGCGCAAGGCCCACUCCAGAGUCUUGGGGAAUCAAGGAGACGAGCCAAUCCGGCCCAGUGUUGUGAUCGAACCCUAUGUCGAUGGACCGGAAGUCGAUGUCAAUUUGGCUCUUUGGGACGGCGAGAUUGUGUUUGCGGACAUCUCGGACGACCUCCCUUGCCAUGGGGACAUGGACGAGCAGACCGAUCAGACCGAUUUCCAUGAUACCGUCUACGUAUAUCCGUCCAUGCUGCCUCAGCAUGAACAGAAUCUGCUCUACCAGUCUUUGCGGGAUUCAGUGCUCCGCAUGGGAUUUCGAACUGGAGUUUUCCACUGUGAGGCUCGCAUGCGAAAUUCGGCUGUGAAAUAUGUCGAACGGGAUGGCGUAACGGAUCUGGAAGACAACCCUAGUAGCAAGGGUCUGAAACCCCGUGUAUUCAUGAUUGAGGCUAACCCUCGACCUUCCGGGUAUUUCUCCCUCUAA